AUGGAUUCUUGUUUGAGAUAUGUGGACGCAUUGAAUGAAAUAUUUGCGAGAGCAGAGCAUCGCAUCGACGAGCUGAAGUUGAUGUGUAUCGCGAGUGCAGAGUUGGAUGGAUUCGCAAUCGAUAUGCUCAACAAAACCAAUAAAAGUUCACAGUUUGCGAACAUCGACAAUUUAUCGUCGAUCGAGGCACAGCAUUUGCUACGUGCUGAAAUGAUUCGAAAUGAGCAAAACGAUCAGCGAAUCGAAAUGUUGACAAAGCGAUGUGUGAGUCUUGAGAGACGACUGGCCGUUUGUGACACUGCCGAGGUGUUCUACUCGAAUUUGAAACAUGAGUGCUUUCAGAUGGAGGACAAACUGAAGAAAUUAUUGGAAGAAUUUGGCGAUGUGGAACGAAGAAGGAUAGAGAGGUGUACGAAAUUACUGGAAUUGAAUGCGAAAAUAGAAAGGGAUUACGAGUUGAAGGUGACGCAGAACGAGGCGCUCGGUGCUCAGUUGCGCUCUUUGAAUACCACAUUCGCAUCGCUCAAACAAUUAAGAGAUCGAAUAGCACAACUGGAAAGGGAUUCGAUGAAACAGAGGAAGAGUUUACGAGACGCGGAGGAGAAAUUGAAAGAAGAAAUGAUCAAAUCGGAGAGGGAAAGGAAAAAUGCAGAGAUGUUGGAGCAACAGAUCGGUAGGGAAAAGGACAUCGCCCAAGAAAAGUGGAAUAUCAACGAGCAAAAACUGACACAUCUUCAUGUGAAGUACGAGAAUGGCACGAAGAGAAUGGAGGAGAUGUAUGAAAGGAAGGUGUCGAAACUGCGCGACGAGGUGAUGCGGGUGAAGCACGAACGCGACGAGCUGGUGAUCAAAGUGUGCGAUUACCAGCACCACAACCGCACCUUCAAACAACAACUCAUCAAAAACGCUCAACUCAAACUCGCCGAUACUUGUCAAAAGGCUGUCACUGAAUUCGCUGGAACGCAGUUUUCGUCAUUUGGUCCGUUUGUCAUUAUUUAUCAGUUACAGUUUUGCAGUUUUAACUGCAGCUAG